AUGGCUCGUCCUAGGAAGUAUCGUACCAAGAAGGAGCUGAAAGAAGCCAAUCGUAAGAAAAACAAGGCUUUCUAUGAGAGAAACAAGGAGGCCAUAAAUAAGCGCCGGAAGGAAAGGCGAAUGCAGUUGAAGGCUAGGGAAGCCAGGAAACAGGCGAGGAGAGAAGCACGAGCCUCAGAGCGCUUGCCUACCGGCGACAAAGGGGAACAAAGUCAAUCGCUAAUUCAGGGGAUCGAAGCAGCUCGUAAAGCGGGGAGGCUCUUCAGGAACAUUAUUGGCAGCAAUGGGACGGAGUAUGUCUCAUCAGUCUGUGCCUCUGUCCUUGAAGAGUUGAGACAGGAGAGAGAUAUCCGACAAAUCAGAGCCUUUGUAGAGGGAAAGGUCGAGCAAAUUGCCUCGCUUCGUCGGCCUCUCGUCGCUCAACAAGAUCUCAUCCUCCAGGAGGCUGGGAUUGAGAAGGAAUUCCACGAAAUCGCAUCGAUUCUUCGUGAGGUGGACACUGUCCACGCCUUGCUCGAGGACCUCGCCGCCCACCUUUUCGACGACGGCGCUGAUUUUGGGCAGGCUUACGCCCGUGGAGACCUCUUUUUCCAGCAGGGGUAA